GACGCAGGAGCGUCUGCCACAGAUACACUGACCUCCGAAGCUGCUCUUUCCCGAGUUAUCAGCAAGGAAGACUUCAAGGAAAUAGAGGUACUGGGUCGAUUCAACCUUGGUUUCAUUAUUGUGCGAAGAUAGAAGAAAUCUGGGAUAGAACGACAAUUAGAAGAAUCACUUUUGCAUGAUUUGAUCAUCGUGGAUCAACAUGCAGCAAACGAGAAAUACAACUUCGAAACGCUUCAGCAAACAACAAACAUCGCAAAAUUACCUACACCUCGCCCUUUGGAGCUCACUGCGUCUGACGAACUGGUUGCGUUGGUUGCGUUGGAGAAUCUCGACGUCCUACGACUCAACGGCUUCGAAUUGAAAGUAGUUAGCGAUGCUCAGGAAGAUAUUGGAAUGGUCGAUGACAAUCCUUAAAGCCACAUACAUCGGAAACUCAGACUUAUUGCUCAACCUGUCAGUAAAAGUACAGUAUUCGAUAUGCGCGGGGAAUUUAGAGGAACUCAUUCAACUGCUGCAUAACCGUCCGACGGGACAAAUGAUAAGAUGCUCUAAAGCACGAGCGACGUUCAUCGGCCCUUUGAUGAAUGUAUCCCAAAGACUUCAACAUACGCGCAGCGGUAAUUUCCUCUCGCUGAACAUUAUUUGGCAGGACAGCAAAGACAUCAGGGUCAAUAUCGAGCUUCAACAACUCGUUGGCUGGAACGUUCCAAGAUGCGAGGUCGGGGAGUUUCGUGUAUCGAUUGUACUUAGGCUUUCGAGGCGACAACGAUGAGC